UGCGCCUGCGCCUUGUGAGAGCCGUGGCGCUUGGCGGGGCUCCUCGAGCUGUAGGCUCGCUGUGUUUACUGGUUUUGUUGUUGUUGAGGCUUUCGGGCUGGUCUCGAUUUGCACCAUGUACCACAACAGCAGCCAAAAGCGGCACUGGACUUUCGCCAACGAGGAGCACCUGGCGCGACUGCGGGCCGACGCCAAUCGCAAAUUCAAAUGCAAAGCGGUGGCGAACGGGAAGGUUCUUCCAAAUGAUCCAGUCUUUCUUGAGCCUCAUGAAGAACUGACUUUGUGUAAAUACUAUGAGAAAAGAUUACUGGAAUUUUGUUCGGUGUUUAAGCCAGCGAUGCCGCGUUCUGUUGUGGGUACAGCUUGUAUGUAUUUCAAGCGUUUUUAUCUUAAUAAUUCUGUAAUGGAAUAUCAUCCCCGGAUAAUAAUGCUUACUUGUGCGUUUCUGGCCUGCAAAGUGGAUGAAUUCAAUGUCUCUAGUCCUCAGUUCGUCGGAAACCUUCGGGAGAGUCCCAUUGGACAGGAGAAGGCGCUGGAACAGAUUUUGGAGUAUGAACUGCUCCUUAUACAACAACUUAAUUUUCAUCUUAUUGUCCAUAAUCCUUAUAGACCUUUUGAGGGCUUCCUCAUUGAUAUAAAGACCCGCUAUCCCAUGCUGGAGAAUCCGGAGAUUUUGAGGAAAACAGCGGAUGACUUUCUUAACAGAAUUGCGUUGACAGAUGCUUACCUUUUAUAUACACCUUCCCAAAUUGCUCUGACUGCCAUUUUAUCUAGUGCCUCCAGGGCUGGAAUUACUAUGGAAAGUUAUUUAUCGGAGAGUCUGAUGGUGCGAGAAAACAGAACUUGCUUGUCACAGUUACUAGAUAUAAUGAAAAGCAUGAGAAAUUUAGUAAAAAAGUAUGAGCCACCAAGAGCUGAAGAAAUUGCUGUUCUGAAGCAGAAGCUGGAGCGAUGUCACUCUGCUGAGCUUGCACUUAAUGUCAUUACAAAGAAAAGGAAAGGCUAUGAAGAUGAUGAUUAUGUAUCAAAGAAAUCCAAACAUGAAGAGGAAGAAUGGACAGAUGAUGACCUGGUGGACUCUCUCUGAAUGUUUGAAACUGCUAUAUUUAAUCAGCAGAAGGAAAUGUAUCUGGCAUUUAACUUAAACACUAAUACAUUAAAGUGCUGUAUUUCACUUAUGUCAAAUGCAGCGUCUUCAGAAGCAGAAAUGGCAGAGUUGGGCUCCUGUGGAAACGGCCACGCAGAUGUGCCGUGCCUCACAGUUGUCUUCCUAAGUGGCCUUUCAAAUGCUGCCUGGUCAGCCCUCUGUGUGUUUCUGCCGAACUGCUUGGGACUGAAAGGCAGUCUUUCUAGGGACUGAUUUUCUUUUCCUCUCAGUUACUAGACAUUUCCAAAUUUAAAAAAGUUAGAGGUAUAAUUGAGUUCUCUAGAUAAAAAUCUUAAGUUGGUAUCUAAUAUGUUUAGUUUUAAAAUUAACCUAUUACUACUUGCGAGUUCAUAUAAAUAGGUGUUACAGUUACUAGGAGCUUUACAUAUGAACUAUACAUAAGGAAUUUAAUUCAAGUUGAAAUGAACGAUAUAAAAGCAAAGACCGUAUACCAGGUUACUGAGCUAUGGGUGGAACUGUUGCUACUUCAUUCCGUGGCCUUGGUAAGUUAAUAAACCUCUGCACUAGUUUCCCACAUUCAGAUGAAAUGACAGUGACACUAUCUACUCUUUGUAAGGUGGAUCAGAGCAUUGUGCUCAUGACCUGAUUAAUAUAUGUGUUUUAAGAGUAGAACAAAUGUUAGCUGUUACAGCUAGAAACAAACUCAAGAAUGUGUUUUAUCACACCACUUUUUUUUUUUUCUUUUGGAAAACUUGAAAUUGUGAGAAACUCAGCUGCCCAUAAACUCAAUAGAGAUACAUAACUCACAACCAGUGUGUGCAAGGCUGUUCUUCCCAUUAGAGAAAUGAACAUUUUUACUUAGGUCUUAGUAUAUGACAGCAGUAUGUUUUAAGCUUUUUGGUAGUUUUUGGUUUUGUUAUUGUGAAAUGAAUAAAAUUGAUGGUGGGACUUUUACAAAAGUAGAACCUGAAAUUUGUAAUUCUUCACUGUAGUCCUAGGCAAAUAUGCUAGGCUGGAGACAGAAUUGCACAAUGCUUAGUUUACCUCCUGUUUUCCUUUCAGACCACUCAACUUUGGCAUCAGGAAAAGGUCCACAUUUAUUUGACUUUCCUAGACAACCUGAUUUUUUAAAAAAAGUUUCAUUUCAACAUUGAUCAUGUAGUUACUUCAGAGAGAUGUCUAAAAAGGUAGGUAACAAGUGUUCCACUCCAGUUUAAGAGAUAAACAUGCAAGUUUCCCACUCUAGUUUAAGAGAUAAACAUUUACACAGAAAGAAUAGGGCAAGUUUUUCAGGUUUAUGUUUUAUAAUUAAUGGCAUGGGGAAAGGAUUUUGGAAUGGGAGGUAAGCAGGUCACUAUCAGUUUGGACCAUCUGUCAGAACAUUUUAAGAGGUAUCACUAGGCCAUAGCCAUUCCAUGGGUCUUCUGUCCAAUAAACAAAGAAGGAGACCAGGUGAAUACUCCUGUGGUAAUCCAACCAACAAGCUCAAGGAAUAGAGAAGAAAAGUAACGUGACAGGAUCUAGAGACAAGGAGGAAAAAAAUGAAGUGGCAUUAUGAUCAAGGAGGAGGACUGCAGGAUGUGCUGGGUUUGGAUGAUUCUGAUCAAGUGAUUGAACCUAUGUGAGGCUAGGCUGCAGUCACAGAAAUAACUACCUCUUAUAAUGUAAAACUAAGCACACAGUCAUAUUUUAAACCAUCAGAGACUGGGAGUAUAGCUCAGUGGUACGGCUGCUCUUAUCUCCAGUGCUACAAAAAAAGUUUAACAUCUUUUCCCCGUGUUUUAAAUGUUAUACAGUCGAGUGUUGCUCUUAGUUUGUAGGCCUUUAGAAAAUUUUUCAACUGUAGGAACUGGUUAUCCUCCCUUCACUCAAUUCCUGCCUUACCCACUUGCACUACUAACAUUUCCCAACAUGAUAUUUGCUCCUAUCAUGCCCCUUUUGCACACGUAUGGGAAAGAGUGAAAUAACUGUAAAAACAGAUCAUACACUGAGUCAUUUUUUUUCAAGAGACCAUUAGCAAAAAUAAUAAU